AUGGCUGCAGCAUUUGUUUAUCGCUGGCUUUUGUCUGCAGCAGCUAUUGUUAAUGUGCUGCCGAUUGGGGCACAAAGGCAUACAGCUUCGGAUAAUCCCUCGACAUAUAAUAUAGGCGGCGUAUUGAGCAAUUCCGAGAGCGAGGAGCACUUUCGCACAACAAUAGCGCAUCUCAAUUUCGAUCAGCAAUAUGUGCCGCGCAAGGUAACCUAUUACGAUAAGACGAUACGAAUGGAUAGGAAUCCCAUUAAAACCGUAUUUAAUGUUUGCGAUAAGCUCAUUGAAAAACGUGUCUACGCGGUUGUCGUUUCGCAUGAGCAAACCUCAGGCGAUUUGUCGCCGGCAGCUGUGAGCUAUACAAGCGGUUUCUAUUCCAUUCCCGUUAUAGGCAUAUCCUCCCGGGAUGCGGCCUUUUCCGACAAGAAUAUACACGUCUCAUUUCUGCGCACAGUGCCUCCCUAUUAUCAUCAGGCGGAUGUUUGGCUUGAAAUGCUCAGUCACUUUUUGUAUACCAAGGUAAUCAUCAUUCACAGUUCCGAUACGGAUGGACGCGCCAUUUUGGGUCGUUUCCAGACCACCUCACAGACCUAUUAUGAUGAUGUCGAUGUGCGUGCCACCGUCGAAUUGAUUGUGGAAUUCGAGCCGAAAUUGGAAAGUUUUACGGAACAUUUAAUAGACAUGAAGACGGCCCAGUCCAGAGUUUACCUCAUGUAUGCCAGCACGGAGGAUGCUCAAGUGAUAUUCCGCGAUGCUGGUGAAUACAACAUGACUGGCGAGGGACAUGUGUGGAUUGUAACGGAGCAGGCGUUGCAUGCCAACAAUACGCCGGACGGAGUUCUCGGCCUGCAGCUGGAACACGCCCAUGGCGACAAGGGACACAUUAGGGAUAGCGUUUAUGUGCUGGCAUCGGCUAUUAAGGAAAUGAUUUCAAAUGAGACUAUAGCUGAGGCGCCCAAGGAUUGCGGCGAUUCGGCGGUCAACUGGGAAUCAGGGAAACGCCUCUUUCAGUACCUGAAGAGCAGAAAUAUCACAGGGGAAACGGGUCAAGUGGCCUUUGAUGACAAUGGAGAUCGCAUCUAUGCGGGCUACGAUGUGAUUAAUAUAAGAGAACGCCAGGAACAACAUGUUGUGGGCAAGUUCAGCUACGAUAGUUUAAAAGGAAAAAUGCGCAUGAGGAUUAAUGAUAGCGAGAUCAUUUGGGGAGGAAAACAGAAGCGUAAGCCGGAGGGAAUUAUGAUUCCCACACAUCUAAAGGUGCUCACCAUUGAGGAGAAGCCCUUUGUCUAUGUGAGACGCAUGGGCGAUGAUGAGUUCCGUUGUGAACCGGAUGAACGUCCUUGUCCGCUCUUCAAUGCCAGUGAUGCUUCAACCAAUGAAUUUUGCUGUCGUGGCUACUGCAUUGAUUUGCUCAUUGAACUCUCCAAGCGCAUUAACUUUACCUAUGACUUGGCCCUAUCACCAGAUGGCCAAUUCGGACAUUAUUUACUGCGUAACAGCACAGGCGCAAUGGCUUUGAGGAAAGAGUGGACGGGUCUGAUUGGCGAACUGGUCAAUGAACGUGCCGACAUGAUCGUUGCACCACUAACCAUUAAUCCGGAGCGUGCCGAGUACAUUGAAUUCUCGAAACCAUUCAAAUACCAAGGCAUUACAAUACUCGAGAAGAAACCGUCACGAUCGAGUACUCUUGUGUCUUUCUUGCAGCCAUUUAGUAACACGCUAUGGAUCUUGGUAAUGGUGUCGGUUCAUGUUGUGGCGCUCGUGCUCUAUCUGCUGGACAGAUUCUCACCGUUUGGACGCUUCAAGUUAUCGCAUUCGGACAGCAACGAGGAGAAGGCAUUGAAUCUCAGCUCGGCUGUGUGGUUCGCCUGGGGAGUGCUCCUCAAUAGCGGUAUUGGUGAGGGCACUCCGAGGAGCUUCUCGGCUCGUGUCUUGGGCAUGGUCUGGGCUGGCUUUGCCAUGAUCAUUGUUGCCUCGUACACUGCCAACCUGGCUGCCUUCCUCGUGCUGGAACGGCCCAAGACGAAGCUAAGUGGCAUCAACGAUGCUCGACUCCGCAACACAAUGGAGAAUCUCACAUGUGCCACGGUCAAGGGAUCAUCGGUGGACAUGUAUUUUCGGCGUCAGGUGGAGCUGUCCAACAUGUAUCGCACCAUGGAGUCCAACAACUAUCUUACCGCCGAGCAGGCCAUACAGGAUGUGAAGAAGGGCAAAUUAAUGGCCUUCAUCUGGGACUCAUCCCGUCUUGAGUAUGAGGCUUCUAAGGACUGUGAGUUGGUCACUGCUGGCGAGUUAUUUGGACGUAGCGGCUAUGGCAUCGGACUGCAGAAGGGUUCUCCCUGGACAGAUGCCGUAACGCUAGCUAUACUCGAAUUCCAUGAAAGUGGCUUCAUGGAGAAAUUGGAUAAGCAAUGGAUCUUCCAUGGACAAGUGACGCAGAAUUGCGAACUAUUUGAAAAGACGCCCAAUACGCUGGGACUGAAGAACAUGGCAGGGGUUUUUAUAUUGGUUGGCGUGGGGAUUGCGGGUGGCGUGGGUCUCAUCAUCAUCGAGGUGAUCUACAAGAAGCAUCAGGUGAAGAAACAAAAGCGUUUGGACAUUGCACGUCACGCAGCCGAAAAAUGGCGCGGCACCAUUGAGAAACGGAAGACUAUACGCGCCUCGUUGGCCAUGCAACGGCAGUAUAAUGUGGGUCUGAUGGCAGCCCAUGCACCUGGAACCAUCAGCCUUGCGGUGGACAAACGACGCUAUCCACGUCUGGGCCAGCGUCUUGGGCCGGAAAGAGCCUGGCCCGGAGACGCGGCCGAUGUGUUACGCAUACGUCGGCCUUAUGAGUUGGGAAAGUCGGGACUGGCACCACCUCCACUGGGCCUGGGCAAAACGCGUCCACAACAGAAUCAAUUGCCACCACGUUACUCACCUGGCUACACCAGCGAUGUGUCGCAUUUGGUCGUUUAAGUUAACAUUUUCAAUGCCAAAGAUAGUAUUAGUAUAAAAUAUAUUUAAAUUAUUGCCAAUGAUUAUAUAUACAUCGGUGUAUCCAUGCUCAAUACCUGAGGAUUUACAAGCCAAUGAGAAUUUAUACCUUAAUAUUGAAUACUACUCAUUUGCUGGGAUUAAGACGACGCACACUUGAGAAAAGUAAAAUGACACUGUAUUAUUUCAAAAUUUAAAGAUCAAAUUAUAUUAAUUUUUAUGUUCUAUACCCUUGCAGUGGAAGUGUUGCAACCAAACGAAUCAAAUAACUCCUACAGUUAUAUUAAUCGAUAUUUCGAUUCAAUUUAACUUUAAGUUUAAUAAAAUAAAGUGAAAACAUAUGGCUUCCAUCGAACAAUAUUUGCAAGGGUAUUCAGUAUUCGGCUUGUCGAAGAUUGCUACUUUAUCUUAUUUGAAUAAUAUUUUUUAAGCUUUUUUAAACUUACUUUAAGCCAUAUGUAUUUAAUAUCAUAAUCAAAUGCUGUCUCUAGUCCCAGUUAAAUUUAA